CUCCAACAACACGGCAGCGCUCUGCUCACAGCCGAAUGCGUCAACCGCCGCACGGUUACCAGCUAGAGGCGAGCUCACCGCCACAAACCCCGCUGUGUUUUCGGCCUCGAGCAACAGGAUACCCACCGAGACACACGACAGAGACAAUAACAAAAGAGACGACGAGGAAGGAGGAAUAAAACACUGGGCUCAACCUGGAAGGCAGGUCGUUUAGUUUCACAUGAUGGGGUUCUCACACCUCGCUGUGAUGCUGUCUGUCACCAUCAUCCACCUGGUGUCAGGUAUGAGUUUUAUGACUCCCAAGCCUGAGACACCACCUACGGCAUCUCCAGACUCCUACCCUCCGGGCGACCUGAUCCACGCAGCCCUGCAGAGCAAGGAGUACUUAGGAACAGGCACCACCACCAAUCCGACGCAGGCAGUGCCCGGACGUGGGCCGACUGAGUCAACAGGGAUGGCAAUCUCACCGGGACUUCUCACCACAGCGUUACAUCCCUCCUCUGCUGCUGGUCUGUCCAGAUCAAGGAACCCUCUAUCCCUGCUGCCCAUAGAGGAGGAGACAACCACCACUCUGAUUACCACAACCACCAUAACUACGAUGCACAUGCCAGUACAAUGCAACGCCUCUUUGUCAGCCAUGGAGGACGUUGUCGAGUCCCCAGAUCCUCCAUCGUCAUCACUCUCUCCUCUGGAGUGCACCUACAGUAUUACUGUAUAUUCAGGUUAUGGUGUGGAAAUUCAGGUGAGGAAGACUAACCUUUCUAAGGAAGAAUCUCUGAUGAUUAUGGGCUAUGGAAGUUCGGGGCCAGAGCUGUUAGCCAACGAGACCCUGAUAAAAGAAGGCCAGGUGAUUCGCAGCGCAACCAAUCGGGUGUCCAUUCACUAUCGCAGUCUCCGACAGUCCAAUCAUGGCACGUUCAGCCUCCACUACCAAGCCUUUCUGCUGACCUGCCCUUUCCCAAUGUCGCCUGAGGGUGGUGGAGUGACGGUGACAGACAUCCAUCCCGGAGGGCAGGCACACUUCCACUGUGAUCCAGGUUACCAGAUCCGAGGCCACGAGGCGGCAACAUGCGUCAACACAACACAACCUCGCUGGAGCCUGCCUGAGCCUCGUUGUGUUGCUGUGUCUUGUGGUGGAUGGAUUCGUAAUGCAACUGUGGGGCGGAUCUUGUCUCCACCUCCUCCUGCUGUCAGCAACCACAGCAGUGGAAACAACCUGAGCUGCCACUGGUUAAUAGAAGCUAAAGAAGGACACAGACUUCACCUCCACUUUGAGAGGAUUGCACUGGAUGAAGAUGAUGAUAAAUUAGUCGUCCGCAGUGGGAACAGUUCCCUGUCCCCGCCGAUCUUUGACUCCGACCUGGACGAUGUCCCAGAGCGGGGCUUACUGAGUGAGGGCUCCACGCUCUACCUGGAGCUCACAGCAGAUUCCUCCUCCAUUCCUCUGCUGCUUGCUCUGAGAUAUGAGGCUUUUGAUGAUGAACACUGCUGGGAGCCCUACAUGCCCCAUGGAAAUUUCAGCAGCAGCGAUAUCUCAUAUCAGCUGGGAACCAUCGUCACCUUCGCCUGUUCUCCGGGUUUUGUCAUGGAGCAGGGUUCAGGAACUAUCGAGUGCAUUGACUCCGGCAAUCCCCACUGGAACGACAGCGAACCCGUGUGCAAAGCUCUGUGUGGAGGGGAGCUGACCGAGGCCUCUGGUACCGUCCUGUCCCCCGACUGGCCCCAGAGCUACUCCAAGGGGCUGGACUGUGUCUGGCAGAUCCACGGGAAUGAGGAGAAACGCAUUGAGCUGGAGGUCCAGAUCUUGAAUAUUCGCCACACCGACGUGCUGACGAUCUUCGACGGACGUGAUCUCAUGUCUCGUGUGAUCGGCCAAUACUUGGGCUCCAAAGAGCGUUUCAAGGUCGUGUCUGGAGGGUCAGAGGUCACCAUUCAGUUUCAGAGUGAUCCAGAUGAUUCCAGUUUCAUCCUGAGCCAAGGCUUCCUCAUUCAUUAUCGUGAGGUGGAGCCUAAUGAUACCUGCCCUACCCUCCCUCAAAUUGAGUUUGGCUGGAUCAGCUCAUCCCACUCCUCCCCUGUGAGAGGCAGUGUGCUGACCUAUCAGUGCCAACCAGGAUAUGACAUCAGCGGCUCUGACAUCAUCACCUGCCAGUGGGACCUGUCCUGGAGCAGCGCUCCUCCUACCUGUGUUAAAGUCCAGCAGUGUCCUGAUCCGGGAGAGGUGGUGAACGGCGCGCGCUCUGUGCGUCCUGAAGCGGGGUUCGCAGUUGGGACAGUUGUGCGUUUCUCUUGUAACCAAGGAUACCAACUGGAAGGUCCCAGUCAAAUCUCCUGCCAUGGACGAGACACUGGCACCCCCAAAUGGAGUGACCGCAGCCCAAAGUGUGUCUUAAAAUACGACCCCUGCCCGAACCCUGGAGUCCCUGACAACGGCUACCAAACGUUGUACAAACACAGCUACCAAGCCGGAGAGACUCUGCGUUUCUUCUGCUAUGAGGGCUAUGAACUCAUCGGUGAGGUCAUUAUCACAUGUGUCCCCGGUCACCCCUCUCAGUGGAAUAGUCUGCCCCCCUUUUGCAAAGUGGCAUAUGAAGAGCUUUUGGAUGAUCACAAAUCAGAAGUGUCCCAGUCUUUCAAGCCAUCCCAUCAGAUCCUGAGUGAAAACAUCGCCUUGGCAAUAAUUCUGCCCAUCAUCCUGGUCGUCCUCCUGAUUGGUGGAAUUUAUAUGUACUAUACAAACAUUUGCAGACUAGAAUGGAAGCCACGUUUCUGGAAGUCUCUCUCUCACACACACUCCUACAGUCCCAUCACAGUCGAAUCAGACUUCAACAACCCGCUCUAUGAAGCCGGGGACACACGGGAGUACGAAGUCUCCAUUUGAGGAAGAUCGUUUCUGGGUGAGGAUUAAAACCACGGAAGCAUUAAAUUCUGAAAAAAAGACAAAGUCCUUUUGUAUAAAAAAAAAAGGCCUCAUGCCUCCUGUUUUAUUUAACUCAGUAAGUUUUGUGUUUUGUCAUCAUUGUAUAUCAGGUUUGUGAAAAUGGUUAAUUUUGAUGAGUUGCACUGAAAAGGCCAUCAGCCAAAUGUGAGUCCUGCUAAUGAGUCUUAACUUUCUGUGUCGUCGGGACUGGUGCCUUACGAAGGGUCGAAACCUGACAAGAAAUGAAACAAAAUAACUGCGGGGUACUGAAACUGAAAAGAGAAAGUGUUGUAAAGAAAAUCUGAUUUACUUGUUUGUUUUUUCAUUUCUCUUUUGUGACGUCUUUCUGAGGCCAAAAUAUUAGAGAGCAUGGCAAUACUUUGUGUCACAAUCAAACGUUAGUCAUGAUCUUAUACUUCUUCAUGAUGAAUGUUUCUUUUUGAUCAUUAAGUGGUUCUUAGGAUGUUUUCAAAGCGUCACAGUAAAGGGAAAGAUUACCUUUAUUUUCGGUCGUGAGAACAAAUUUUUAAACCAACAGUCUUUUGCUUACUUUUUGCGUGUAACAAAAUCACACGAUUUGAAUGUAAAUAUUAUCUGACUUAAUAUUUGCUGAGGUGGAUUAGCCUCAAAUAUAUAUAAAUAUAUAUAUAAAUAUAUAUAUACUUAAACCAGGUGGCAGGAGGUUCUAUAUUUUCAUUAUAUACACGUAAUGAAAAUUCUGUGCCAAAUUAUGGUGUUGAAUAAUUUAAUGUCCUUCAGUGUUUCAUCUGUUGUUGGAGUAGUGUUUACAAAGGCAGUAUUUAUUUUUAAUUUAUUGCUGUUUCUGCAGUCAUCACCCAGCGUCACACCACGUACCGUAACAGAAAAGGCGAAUACAUGAAUGUCAUUACGCUUCGAGCAUGCACUGAUUGUAAAUUAUAUUGCCUAAUGCUCUAUCUCUCCAUUACCAUUCUAGUUACUGAAGGGUAUCAUUGUUUUCAAAUUUGAUGUUGUAUGCACUCUGUCGAUGAAAAACUCCAAAUCUGGCUGCUUGCUGUGAUGCAUUCUGUAUUUAUUUAUAAAUGAUUGUUUGAGCAGUGAAUGUAAUAUAUUCACUGUGCCACAUGAGGGAUCCUGAAGACUGUUGCUUUGUUGACUUAAUUCUUCUCUUGCCAUCAGUAGCAUUUCUUUGCUUCAUAUAUAAAUACACUCUUUUGAUGACAGUAAUUCAUUUGCUGAAUUGGAAAUAAAGUCUUUGUUGA